AUGCACACACUCAAGGCCACGGCAUCAUCCUCGCUUAAUCUGGGCCCGGGGAAUUACAUCUACUCGAUCACUCCUGCGUCGCCUGGCUCGUUGGCGGCUAUUUCAUCAGAUGACUCGUUGCGUGUUUUUGAUGCCGCUGGUCUUGGCCGUGUAGCUGUGGUUGCGGCGAAAACGCACGGGAAUGGGGGUGUGACGUCGCUGAGGAGGUAUGGGUCUGGUCGGGACCAGCAGUUGCUGGUUACCGGCGGUAGGGAUGGGAAGGUGAAGCUGUGGGAUUUGAGAGGAGGGAAGGGCUCGGCUGUUGUUGAGAUGGAGACUGCCAGGAAUGCACCUGUGCUGUCGGUAGCUUGCUGUGCGGAGACCAACACUGUCGUUGCUGGUACGGAGCUGGUCUCCUCGCAGGCGGUUGUUGCAUUCUGGGAUAUUAGAUCGCCGGGGGCAACCCGGCUCCAGUAUGUCGAGAGCCACAACGACGACGUGACCGAGCUUCAAUACCACCCCGUCCGUAACAACAUCUUACUAUCCGGAAGCACAGACGGACUGGUCAACAUCUACGACACCACCAUCACGGACGAAGAUGACGCCCUGGUGCAGGUCAUCAACCACGGCUCCGUCCAUCACGCCGGGUUCCUGGGCGAGCGCACCAUCUUCGCCCUCAGCCAUGACGAGGACUUCUCCGUUCAUCCGGCCACAGAUCCCGACGAGCAGGCUGAGGAGCCCAAGCCCAUUCAGUUCGGUGAUCUAAGGCAACCUCUCAACUGCGAGUAUAUCGCCCAGCUCUGCACCGGCAGCCAGUCGGCGUAUAUCGCUGCCGGACAUAAACUUGAUAAACGCCUAGACCUCGUCCCUCUCAUCCCCGAUCCGUGGCGGUUCGACCAGGCCAACCUCUGGCGUCUUCCGGGCGCACACGGCGAGGAGGUCGUCCGUUCAAUCUACGUCGACGAGCAGAGUCAAUCCGUAUUCACCGGAGGAGAGGAUGGGUUCAUUCGCGCCUGGAAGCCAAUGGAUGAGGAUGAAACUCUGCCCGAACAUUCUCCGUUCAAGCCUUCACGACCAACGGAGAAGAAACGUGAAAAGGAGCGGUUUAAGCCAUAUUGA